AUGGAGCAGGAGAACACCAAAUCGACCAUAAACAACAACAUCGAAGACGCCGAUACCCAAUUCUGCGAAGAAUCCCUCUUUGUCGAUUCCUGGGACAAUUUUGAGUCCGAUCACCCCCUUUUCGUCGCCAAAUCUUCAUCAAUCUCCGACCUUAACAAUAUCAAUGUUGCCAGUCCAAUCCAAUCAAAAGAAACACCAUCUUCUUCAACCUCCGAUGACCUUAAUCACACGCAACUUGAUGAUUCCCAUCAGAGUUUGAAAGAAAUCUCCUCAUUUUAUUCCUUCAGUAAAACUGACAGUUUGGGAGAUUUGAAUUCUCAUGACUCCGCUACUUCUCCCGGGAAUGAUUGCAAAGUUUCCUCCAGUAUGAAGGAUAAAGAGAAAUCAAAAACUAAAUUGAAAUCCACUAGGUUUCGUUCGAGUUCAAGCAGUCAUCUUAAGUCGUUAAACGAAGACACUACUAGUGGUUAUUCUGCAAUUACGAGUGUUAGUGAUGAUGAUCAAAGAAUCGACGAUGAUUCCAUUACAGCAAAUUCACCCAUUUCUGGUUCGAAUUUUCUUUAUUCCUUAGCGGGAUUAGUGAUCAAAAUGAUAGGGUUUCAAUUAAAUCUGUUAGUUACUUCAGUCACGUUUCCCAUAUCCUUAAUCUACUAUUCAUACUUGUUCGUUCUCGAUCCCUUUAGGAUCAUAAGUCGUGCAAAAUACUAUAUACUAGGAAACAUCUCCAAAAUCUUCAGUCUCUGUUGCAAUUCCUUCAAAUCGACCAUCAUCACGUGGAUUAAAAAACACGAAUCUACAUGGAAGCUAUGUGGUCGAUUCGGGUGGGGAUUCUUGUGGUCAGUUUAUGUAGGAUUCAUUCUGAUUAGUUUAUUAGUUUUUGCGUUUCUUGUUUCUGGCAUCACCUUGAAGUGCAUAAUGGAAGAACCGAUUCAAAUAACACAAGAGUUGCAUUUUGAUUACACAAAAGAUAGUCCCAUGGCUUAUGUACCCCUAAUGUCUUGCCCAGAUUCCUCUUUUCUUGAAUGCACUGAUUUGAUUAAGCCCGGGUGUAGUGAUGAAUCACGGAUUAUCCCUCUUGAUCACAAAGUCCAUGCUACUCUUUCUUUAACAUUGCCCGAAUCUUACUACAAUCGAGAUCUUGGAAUCUUUCAGGUGAGGAUAGAUUUUCUUUUUAAAAAUGGUAACCGCCUAGCAAGCACAAGACAACCAUGUAUGCUCCAAUUCAAAAGCCAACCGAUCCGACUUAUUUUAACGUUUUUAAACUUAGCACCUCUCAUCACUGGCUACUCAUCAGAAUCACAAACCCUAAAAAUAAAAUUCAGAGGAUACACAGAAGGAAACGACCCCACUUCUUGUUUAAGGGUAAUAUUGGAACAACGAGCCGAAUUCACACGUGGUGCCGGUGUACCGGAAAUCUAUGAAGCCUCCUUGAAGCUUGAAUCUCAACCGCCUUUUUUUAAACGGAUUUUGUGGUAUUGGAAAGGGACGAUUUACGUGUGGGUUAGUAUUGUGAUGUUUGUUGUAGAGUUGUUGUUUAUUCUUUUAUGUUGUACGCCUGUUAUUGCUCCGUGGACGAGGGGUGUUUCUGUAAAUAAUUAUUCAUCGCGAAACACCCGUGUAAGUCCGAAGUAG